CCCGCAAAGUGGCGGAUCAGCCCCGGUUUAGCCGGGUUUCCUUUACCGUUUUGAUGAAUAGGAGUAUCACCGUUACCCAGUGGUAAUCACAGUGAAAAACCAUGGGGGGUUAAAAACUGAUAUAAGCUCACCGGCCGCCGCCCCUUACCCCGUCGGCGAGCUACUUGGGAAGAGGAGGACGAUGAGGGGAAGUAGAAAUUUGAUGUGGCCACUUUCACGUAGAUCUAUCUCAUGUUGAUUAGGAUGUUAUAUCAGCGAAAUCAAUUCAUACCGCAAUAAGAUCUAAUUUAACCCGAUUUUGUAAGUUAUAGGGUUAAGAUUUUCAGUAGUGCGGUUUAUGGAUACUAUGUAAACUCGAUGAAAAGAUGAGGGGUGUACAGUGGAUACUUAUUCCCACGAUGUUGUCACUCUUCCUCGCGCGUCCACAGUCGCAGCAGCCCACGGCCCGUAUCCCAGCCCCCAACCACAGCCAUGCAAACAUGCGGCCCACUCCUCUUCGCCGCAUGCCGCCGCCGAGGCCGACCGAGCCCAACGGACGCGGUGUGCCGGUGCCCGGUGAUUCAUCUCUCAGCGCGGCACGACGGCACGAGCACACGCCGCGGUGGUAGUGUAGCUGCUACUACCGAGCCGUCGCGGCGUCGUCUACUUUGCCGCGCGUGCCGAUCCCCACGCGUACGCGCAGCGCAUGCACCACCAGCAGCUCAAACCGGGCGAGGCCGCCUCGCUCCCGCGCCACCUCCUCGAGGCCCACGUCGUCGCGCUCGUCCGCCGAUGCUGCCCGGGCCUCCUCGCGCUCCGCGCCGCACACGCGCGCCUCAUCAGGCUCCGCCUCCCUCGCCUCACAGCCGCCUUCGCGCUCUCCAAGCUCCUCGCCUCCUCCUCCUCCUCCUCCUCCUCCUCCUGCGGCGCCGCGCCAUCCUACGCCCGCAACCUGUUCGACCAAAUCCCCGAGCCGACCGCCUUCUGCUACAACUCCCUCAUCCGCGCGCUCUCCUCCGCCGCCGGCGCCGCCCCGGCCGCGGACACCGUCCUGGUCUACCGCCGAAUGCUGCGCGCCGGGUCCCCGCUCCCCAACUCCUUCACGCUCGCGUUCGCGCUCAAGGCGUGCUCCGUCGUGCCGGCUCUCGGGGAGGGCCGGCAGCUGCAUUCGCAGGCUUUCCGCCGGGGGCUUGAACCGAGCCCCUACGUGCAGACCGGGCUGCUUAACCUCUAUGCCAAGUGCGAGGAGGUUGCGCUCGCCAGGACAGUGUUCGAUGGCAUGGUUGGGGACAAGAAUUUGGCCGCGUGGAGUGCCAUGAUCGGCGGGUACUCCAGGGUCGGGAUGGUUAACGAGGCUUUGGGGCUGUUCCGAGAGAUGCAGGCAGCAGAUGUGAACCCGGAUGAGGUCACCAUGGUUAGUGUCAUUUCGGCAUGCGCCAAGGCAGGGGCGCUUGAUUUGGGGAGAUGGGUGCAUGCUUUUAUCGAUAGGAAAGGUAUCACAGUCGAUCUUGAGCUGAGCACAGCAUUAAUUGAUAUGUAUGCAAAGUGUGGGUUGAUAGAGCGGGCAAAGGGAGUGUUUGAUGCAAUGGCGGAGAGAGAUACAAAGGCAUGGAGUGCAAUGAUCGUUGGAUUGGCGAUACAUGGUCUUGUAGAGGUUGCCUUGAAGCUUUUCUCAAGAAUGCUAGAGCUUAAGGUGAGGCCUAACAAUGUCACCUUUAUAGGUGUGUUGUCAGCCUGUGCUCACAGUGGGUUAGUGAAUGAAGGCCGACGAUAUUGGUCUACUAUGCAAGAAUUGGGUAUCAAACCUUCAAUGGAGAACUAUGGUUGCAUGGUUGACCUUUUCUGUCGUUCUAGCCUUUUGGAUGAAGCAUAUUCAUUUGUUACUGGCAUGGCUAUCCCUCCAAAUUCAGUAAUUUGGAGGACUCUUCUUGUUGCCAGUAAGAACUCAAAUAGAUUUGAUAUAGUGCAAUCAGCAUCAAAGAAGCUCCUUGAGUUAGAACCUUGCAAUCCAGAAAACUAUGUUCUACUCUCAAAUUUGUACGCAUCGAAUUCCCAGUGGGAUAGAGUAAGCUAUAUGAGGAAAAAGAUGAAGGAAAACAAUGUUAAUGUUGUUGCUGGCUGUAGUUCGAUUGAAAUUAAUGGUUACCUUCACAAGUUUGUGGUGAGUGAUGAUUCACACCCUGAAAUAAAGGAGAUAAGACUGUUACUGAGGGAAAUAGCUGACCGUGUGGUACGUGCUGGCCACAAGCCUUGGACUGCAGCCGUGCUUCAUGAUGUUGGUGAAGAGGAAAAAGAAGUUGCACUUUGUGAGCACAGUGAAAGGUUAGCCAUUGCAUAUGGUUUGUUGAAGACAAAAGCGCCUCACGUCAUUCGGGUGGUAAAGAAUUUGAGAUUCUGUCCAGAUUGCCAUGAAGUAGCAAAAAUAGUAAGCAAGUCAUAUGAUAGAGAAAUCAUUGUUAGGGACCGUGUUCGUUUCCAUAGAUUUGUUGAGGGAAGUUGUUCUUGCAAGGACUUUUGGUGAUUCCUCAACCGAUUGAAUAUUGUCCCACAGCUGGGGGUGAGGGAUGUGGCGUUGAAACUCUUUGGAGUCCAUCACCAAACAAUAAUGACUACUGAUCACUGAGCAUAAUUUGGUAUCCAGAUAAAAAGGAAUCCUGGAACUGACUGGACCCUCUUGCCCUGAUACAAGUAUACAACCUCUCAAGGUAUUGAACUCCACUUGAUUUUACUUUGUUUUUUAUGCAAUGUUCGUUGUCUUAGUGCUGCUAUGAACGGGAAAGAAAUCAUAUUAGUGAUGGAGUAGAUGUUCUAUGCAACCAACAGAACCUAAAAGGAGAAGGCUACUUUCCUGCUAUUGUUUGUUAAAACGUGCCUAUCAUGGUUUGUUGUCCAUACAUUAAUAGCAACAUUGGUUGCAUUAUGCAUUACACAACUUAUGCAAGUUGGUCAUUUUAAACACUUAAUUUAGUUGGAUACGUACGCAAUUCAUUGUUUGGUUAGUGUUUGUUUGUUGCUUUAUGCCAAGUAGACGUCACGGCAAAAGCAUUAACAUAGCAGUUCAAAACAUUAACAUAGCAUUGCCACUAAUCACAUAGACAUGGACCACAUGGUGCAUCCAAAAGGUAAAAAGAUCGUUCAGAGCCUCAGAGCCAGAGGUCGGAACUGUGGAAUGUCAUGCAUAUUUACGUUAUCCACGUAUUGGACCAUAUCUUUUUUUGUUUCAGGCAUGGUUCAUGGCUGCCCGCUCUAACUGGUAAUGCAACUACAAUGUCAAUUGUUGGCGUCUACAGCACAGCAAGACAGAUUUUCCGUUAAUUGGAGAUCAAGACAGCCUGUUUUAAGACACCAGAAAGCCAAGAAAAGAGGCUUUCCACAGUUCUGAUGUUAACUUUACAAUAAAUAGAAAGUGUCUUGAUGUCAAGAGUUAGUUAGAAUUCUGAACAACAGGGCAGAUAAUUCUGAAAAUAUUUUUUUUAUGUAAAUUGAGAGGAAAAACGAUAACAGGGGAUGCCUUUUUCCAGUUGCUCUUUAUUACGGGCUGAAUUAGAGCAGUCAUGACACUUUCAGUAAUGUUAAUGUGCUUCGCAACCU